GUCAAGUGCACUUCCAAUGGCACAACAAAACCGCACGAUGGACCUCCGAUGAAAAACUCAACUCAAUUGAAGCAAUGGCGCAGCAAUCCCUACCCCCACAGCCCGUCUCCCACGGCUCCUCCCUCUCCUUCACGCAGGGCCUGCUCCUCGGCCAGCUCUCCGUGGUCCUCCUGAUCUUCUUCUUCAUCAAGUUCUUCAUCUUCGGGGAACCCCCUUCUGCCGACGAGCGCGCUUUACACCUCUCCUCCCUCCGGCGCGCGCGAACCCUCGCACACCAGAACUCGCUCCACCAGCGCACGCGCUCAAACUCAACAACCAACCCCUUAAGCCACAAGCACUCCCGGAGUAUAAUACGGAAUCCGGCAAGUACUGGGGGGCCGAGUAUUGCAACGAUUUUGGCAAAGACAUAUUACAAUGUCAAGGGGCAUCAGCCAGAGAGUCUAGAUUGGUUCAAUGUUCUCAUUGCACAGACCAUUGCGCAGUUGAGGGCUGAUGCGCGGCAGGAUGGCGCGGUCCUCACUUCGCUCACAGAACUACUCAACUCGGGGAGCAAGCCAGACUGGAUAGGGGAGAUCAAGGUCACGGAGAUUGCACUGGGCGACGAAUUCCCCAUCUUCAGCAACUGCAGAGUCAUGCCAGCAGAAGACGGCUUUUUAUCAACAGGAGGAAGCGGAGGCAUGCCCGGCACAGAAGAAAGCAGACUGCAAGCACGAAUGGACGUCGACCUCAGCGACGUGAUAACCCUGGGCAUAGAAACUACCCUUGUCCUCAACUACCCAAAGCCCCUCGUCGCCGUCCUCCCAGUCGCCCUCGCAGUCAGCGUAGUACGCUUCUCCGGCACCCUCGCUGUAUCCUUCAUCCCAUCAUCUUCGCCCCCAUCAACAUCUGCAAGCACAGCAGCUCCACAGACAUCACCUUCCGAGCCCCUUCGACCCUCAUCCAGCGGCGGCACACCGCACCGCCCUACAACCCUGGCUUUCACUUUCCUCGACGACUACCGGCUCGAUCUCUCCGUACGCUCUCUCGUCGGGAGCCGCUCCCGCCUGCAAGACGUGCCCAAAAUUGCGCAGCUAAUUGAAUCCCGCGUGCACGCUUGGUUCGACGAACGCGCCGUGGAGCCGCGAUUCCAGCAAAUCGUCCUCCCAUCUCUCUGGCCGAGGAAAAAGAACACGCGGGGCGGAGAGGAAGACGAGAAAAAUGAUGGCGAAGAAGAGCACGAUGAGGGCAUUGACGUGACAUCACCUACUCCCGACGAACCCGUUCUCCAAGAAUCCACAGGAACAGACUCCUCGACAAUAGGCCAAAGGAGUAGGCCAUCAUCCUUCAUACCACCUCCAUCCGCCGCACCAGGCUCGCUUGAAGCGCGCAUAGAAGCCGAAGGCGCAAAGCUACGCGAAGCAGAGAUCAGGGCCGGGGAGCGGAGUAGGAGUCCAGGCCGAGAUCAGACAGAGGGUAUACGGUGGAGAGGAGAGCACCACAGCCUCCACCAUCCGCAUCUACAUCAGCGAGAUCCGAGUAGGCAGACGAAUCGGUUUAGUGGUGAGUGGAGUGGGCAAAGGGACAUGCCGGGUGCUAUGCCCGGAGGCUAACUGCCGUCCGGUGUGGUUUUAUAUAUGGAAUAGCAUGGGGGGAGACGAUUUGUUUCGAGCAUAGCGAGACCAUACCGGGAGGGCAUCAUGGCAUCCCAACGAGCCCCUUAGCUCACAUCACAUAAUCUAGAAUAACUGGACACAUCCAGCUUUCAUGGAAUAUUUUCACAUUCAAAGUACGCUCGCAGGCAUCGCCCAUCCGUAAACCUCU